AAACACACUAUUGCUGUCAGCUGGGUUUAACGCAUCCAUGUGAAUGACAGAGCAGUAGAAAAUUAAAAUAAAUUUCGUUUCAAUUAUUUUAUAAAGUUGAAUAUCCAGAAAUAUCAAUUAAAAUGAAUCGCGUUAAGGCAACUCAGUCGAAGACCGGUGAAAUUAUUGCCUACAGCGAGGGUGCCAUACGAUUCAAUAUUUCUACUGUCGAAUAUUGUCGCACUUCGAUGGCUGCCAUUUCGGGUUGCGCUGCUGGUAUCUUGGGCUUGAGCGGCACUCUGGGUUUCCUCUUUUACUUUCUCUCCGUUUUCGUUCUCUGGGUUAUGGUGCUGCUUAAGUCAGGAUCACAGUGGCGCAGAUAUUUCAUUAACCGGAGCAAUUUACUGACCAACCAAUUCAUGGGCGGCCUUUGCACUUAUGUGCUCUUCUGGACAUUCUUAUAUGGCAUGGUGCAUGUGUAUUAAAUUAUAGCAUUUAUAUAUACAUACAUAUAUCAACCUAAAUAAAUUUAUCUAGCUUAAGACACUUGGCAAAAUGGA